AUGGCGGCUAGCCAGAUCGUGCUUGGCGAUCUGACUAGUUCAAUCCCCGGUGCAGCCUCGUAUACUGUGCCCGCGGCAUUUCCUACUUCGGUAUUCACAAGCUAUUAUAUCAAGCCGGGACCAACAUCAGAGCCACAACCUGCGUUAUAUGACCCUAUACUCAACAAGACAUUUCCGUUGAACGUCACCGAUCCCAUAGCAAUCCCAAGCCAUGACAUUGAUCCAGUCUACUACCCUCAGGCUCUAGCUAAUUUAUCGGAGGCUAGCUCCGAGGCGGUGAUCGCAGCAGCUUCGGAAGAGAUUCUAACGAUCGUGAAGGCGAAUCAUUCAGGGCUAACUUCAAACUGCUCAAGAUGUGUGGCCGCUCUGUCUGUUGCCCAGAUGGCUGCCAGAUUGGCGCCAAGCUACCUCCCAGAUGCCAUGAUCUCACUAUGUAAGACGACUGGAUUUGCUUCCAACUCGACAUGUCAGUCGACAUAUGAGGCUGGAAGCUUUGGGGCAACUUGGACACAGAUCCUCUCCGAAGCUGAGGUCACCGGCUUAGACGGUCAAUACAUAUGUGCCUAUCUAGGCUCGUUUUGCUCGUCCCCCAACGUAACAACCACCUUUAAUGUUGUAUUCCCAAAGCCCAAGCCAGCCAAUACAUGCAGACCCAAAGCCAGCGGAACGAGAGUAAAAGUGCUUCAUCUGUCGGAUUUGCACCUUGAUCCUCGGUACGAACCCGGGUCAGAGGGAAAUUGUACCUCCAGCAUGUGCUGUCGCCAUGCUGCACCUUUGGCAAAUGGGAGUGUUUCUGCGAUCCAGAUGCCUGCACCGAUCUAUGGCUAUUUCAAAUGCGACUCGCCGUACUACCUUGCAUUGGCUGCAUUGCAAUCAAUAGGUCCGUUGACUGGCACAUCGCAAAAUAAUCCGGCCGCGUUCGCUCUCUAUACUGGCGACCUGGUUGCACAUGAUCCCCAAUGGCAACGUUCGCGGGACUAUGUAGAGAACAUUGAGCUGUCGGUUUGGCACAUGCUCAAGUCAUACAUUGGCGGUCCUGUUUACGCCGCGCUAGGAAAUCACGACACAAACCCAGAUAACCUAGACGUGCCGCACGGAAUCGACGACAAUGGACCUCUAGGUAAUCAGCUUUCCUGGAACUACGAUCACGUCUCCUCACUAUGGUCAUACUUUGGCUGGAUUGACAAUGCCACCGCAGCAGACGCCGCGACGCACUACGGCGGCUAUUCCGUAGUGCAUCCCCUCGGUCUGCGCAUCAUCACGCUCAACACUGACUUGUACUACCGCAACAACCACUUCGCGCUCCUCCACGCUUCAAACCCGAACUUUAGCGGCAUGUUCUCGUUCCUGAUCUCUGAGCUGCAGAAGGCCGAGGACGCGGGGCAACGUGUUUGGAUUGUCGGACACAUCCUCUCAGGCUGGGACGGCUCGAACCCGCUUCCAAACGGAUCCGAGAUGUUUUACCAGAUCAUUGAGCGGUACUCGCCCCACGUGAUCGCUAACGUGUUCUUCGGCCAUACACACGAGGAUCAGACGUUCAUUUACUAUAGCAAUAAUGCCACGAACGCCUCGGCUGAGACGGCUAUCGCAAAUGCCUGGGUCGGGCCCAGCCUUACGCCCUUGACGAAUCUGAAUUCUGGGUACAGGAUGUAUGAAGUAGACACCGGUAGCUGGGAGAUCUAUGACGCUUAUACGUUCUACUCGGACGUGUCCUCGUUUUCUACCAUCGACACGGACGCGACCGGCCCGACGUUCCAGCUCGAGUAUAGUACUCGUGCUGCGUAUGGACCGGGAGCCGAGUGGCCCGAGGAUGCGCCACUGAACGCUACUUUCUGGCACAAGGUCACCGAGGCCAUGGAGACGAACCGGACACUCGUCAGUGUGUUUAAUGGGUUUCAGGGCAAGAGCAGUAUCCGGAGCCCCAAUUGCACGAGCGAGGCUUGUGCAAAUGCCAAGGUGUGUUAUAUUCGCAGCGGAUCGGUGGCAUUGGGUCGGCAGUGUCCCCAGGGUUUUGGAAGUGUACAAAGUGCGUAUACUGGAGUCAACUUCUAG